AUGGGCAAUUCCAAUUUAUAUAUCCGGCAGCUCCGAUAUGAUUCAUUGAAUAUCCCGGAUUGCACUUCUAUUUCAUGUACCAUAGCAUGCAACGAUUGUAGUGCUGUAAAUCAUCCGACAAGUAUUAUGUCGGGUGAAACUGGUGGACAUACUAUACAGCAAUUAACCUCUAAUCAAUCAUCAACUACUGCAACACUUCCGCAAUACUCAGUUCCGGCUGCCCAAGUAUCAGGAACAUCAAAAUACACUCAGUUAUUGAGUGUGAUUGAAGAAUUGGGAAAGGAUAUUCGACCAUCAUAUACAAACAAUAAAAUUUGUUCAGAACGUUUGAAACGAAAUAUCAUCCGUGCUCGGAUUCUUGUACGAGAAUGUCUAAUAGAAACUGAUCGAAGUGUUCGGCAGCAAUAA